AUGGAUACCAGUGAGAACACAGCAAGUGAUUUCAAUGACUUUAGACCUCCAGAGACUGAUCGACUCUUUAGUUUACCAGCUAGUACAACAGAUCAAGCUGAUAAACUUGAAUUAAUUCGUACCGGUUUAUUAACUCCUUUUGGUAGCAGUUCCACUGUAUCUAAUAGUAGUAUUACUCAUCAAGAAAGAUCACGUGAUCAUCAUGUGAGGAAGUCCUCAUCACCUGCUUUAUCUUUGGCUGACUUUGAUUGGCUAGGAAUUACUAGUCGGACUGGUGAUAAAGGAAAAGGGAAAGGAAAAGGUCCGAUAAAAUCAAAAAGUACUGAUAAAUUGAGUUCUACUGAUCAAUUAGAGUCAUCUUCAAGUACACCAUUUAAAAACAUGGAUUUGUCAUCAAAUACUAGCACCCACAGCAGUCAAUAUGAGAAUGAAUCUGUAGUUGAACAUAGAAAUGAGUCUGAGAAUCAGCCUGCUAGGUAUGGGUCUGAGGAUGUUGACUAUCGACCUGAGAGUGAGGCUAGUGAUGACUCAUAUGUAACAGAUGAUGAACAAUACAAAUCUAGUUUGUCAGAAGAGGAAGAACCUCCAGUUGAAUUUGAUGGAGGUUUUAAAAUAACUAAUAAUAUUUGGCAUAAACUUUACAGAUAUCAGCAGACUGGUGUGAAGUGGCUAUGGGAGCUACAUUCUCAACAGGCCGGGGGAAUCAUGGGAGAUGAGAUGGGACUUGGUAAAACAAUACAAAUUAUAGCGUUUUUAUCUGGUUUAAAAAUAAGUAACAUUAGAAGUCAUGUUACAAGGGAGCUCGGACUGGGUCCUGUACUCAUUGUCUGUCCAGCCACAGUCCUGCACCAGUGGGUCAUGGAAUUCCAUACUUGGUACCCACCAUUUCGAGUUGCUAUUCUUCAUGAUACUGGAUCUUAUGAAGGUAGUAAAGUGUCUCUUUUGAACAGAAUAGUAAAUGUUAAUGGUGUCAUUGUGACAACGUAUGCUGGUCUGAGACUAAGUCAUCAGUUCUUAUUAAGAUAUCAAUGGGAAUAUGUUAUUUUAGACGAAGGACACAAAAUUAGAAACCCUGACUCCGAAAUCACUUUAGUAUGUAAGCAGUUUUCUACUCCACAUCGUAUUAUACUCUCUGGCUCUCCAAUGCAAAAUAAUCUUCGUGAACUUUGGUCUUUGUUUGACUUUGUUUUUCCCGGCAAAUUAGGUACUCUUCCUGUAUUUAUGGAGCAGUUCUCUGUCCCCAUUACCCUCGGAGGAUAUAUUAAUGCCUCUAAAAUUCAAGUGGAAACAGCAUAUCGAUGUGCUUGUAUUUUAAGAGAUACUAUUAAUCCUUAUCUGUUGAGAAGACUGAAGAGUGAUGUAAAACUUCAACUACCAAACAAAAAUGAACAAGUUUUGUUCUGUCGUCUCACAGACUAUCAGAGAGAGCUGUAUGAAGAUUACAUCAAAGGACCUGAAGUUGAAGCCAUGAUGAGUGGUAGCAAAUGGAUAUUUUCAGGUCUAGUGACACUACGUAAACUUUGCAACCAUCCUGACUUGGUUACAAAUGAGUAUCGUAAAGGAGGAAAGGGUGUGUCUGGAGGAGAAGGAGAGGUGAAGAAGAGAAAGAUGACUGACAAUGAGAUUACUGGAGAUAUUGAAGAAACAUAUGGUUAUUGGCGUAGAUCUGGUAAAAUGAUUGUUAUUGAAGCUUUGUUAAGGAUGUGGUAUGAACAAAAACACAAAGUCCUUUUGUUCACACAGUCUAAACAAAUGUUAAUGAUAUUUGAGAAGUUUGUACAGUCACGUGAAUACUCGUAUCUGACAAUGGACGGCAGCACUUCUAUUGGUUCACGUCAAACUAUAAUAAAGAAUUUCAAUGAGGACCCUUCAAUAUUUAUUUUUCUUUUGACUACUCGAGUUGGAGGUAUUGGUGUAAAUUUAACUGGAGCAGACAGAGUUGUCAUUUAUGAUCCAGACUGGAACCCAAGCACUGAUACCCAGGCAAGAGAGAGGGCGUGGCGUAUUGGUCAAACUAGACCAGUGACUAUCUAUCGUCUGUUGACCUCAGGAACUAUUGAAGAAAAGAUAUAUCACAGACAGAUCUUUAAACAGUUCCUCACAAAUCGUGUCCUUCGUGAUCCUCGUCAAAGACGAUUCUUUAAGUCAAAUGAUUUGUAUGAAUUGUUCACCCUUGGAUCCUCAGAUGGUCCUAACAAGACGGAGACUAAUGUUAUCUUUGCAGGAACAGGAUCAGAAGUUAAAAUGCCCAAAAAAGACAAAGAAGAAAGAAAUCAAAAACAUGCAGUUAAUAUUACUAGUGGAGAAAAGCACUCAACUACAUCAGUUGUUAGUGAACCAUUAAGUUCUGUAGUACAAGAGGAUAAUGCAGGAUGCUCUGCUAGUGCUAUUGAUGAUACAUUAAAAGAGAAAGAGAAGAAAGAAGAGACAUAUGACAGCAGAGAUACUACAGAGAAAGAGUUGUCUCAAGAAGCAAUAGAUGCUUUGCUGUCUUGUCAAAAGAAACGAAAGAAAUCAAAGAAAAAGAAAAAGAAAAGAAACAAACAUAAAAAGAGAGAUGUAGAAGUUGAUGGACAUCAAAUUACAGGACUAGAGAGUAUGGACAUUUAUAAUCCUGGUAGUGAAGACGAGGAAGAUCAAAUUACUAAGAAACAAGACAACAUUAUACUCCGAGCUUUGUUCAAGAAGUCAGGUUAG